AUGGUGUUGAUCAUCGUUCAUUUCCUCACCGAGUCCCGCUCCUCGUCGAUAGUGUCAGACCAUCAUGAACGGCCCACCCCCAACAAGACAGGUCUUCCUGUACGAGCUUGCGAGUCUUCCUCUCCAUUCCAAAUAAAAAUCGAUAUUGAUAGACAAUCUUUCAUUUUUUCCCUUUCUUUCUUUUCUUCUAGUGUAUCUCGAUAUGACAUCUCCACGGGACGUCUCAUCCUAGAACACAAACCAGCAGCAGCAUCAGCAGCGUCAGCGACAACGACGCCGAUUCCUACUACCACCGUCCCAGUAGACAUCAACCACCUGCUGGAGACGAUCAAAGCGGAAGAUCUCCAGGUGGGUGCGUGGCUGAAUGUGAUCGGCUACGUGAGGGAAGACGAAGAAAAGCGUCACAGCAAGGACGACGACGAGCGGAAGAAGGAUCAAACCCCGGCAAUCUACGUCGAGGCGGUCAUGGUCUUCUCCGCCGGCGCCGUUAAUGUCGGCGAGUAUGAGCGGAUUCUGCGGGAUGCGCAGGAGGUUGAUCGGAGGGUGCGACGGCCUGGAAUGGAAUAA